AUGGUUGUAAGAAUGAUGCAACUGUUUGUAACAUGUCAGUUUGAUGGCUCGUGUCUGUGCAGUGUUGAUCAUGAACCUAAUUUUCGAAAUCCUCGUAAAAGAGCUGGGGAUGAUAAAGAUUAUGGCUGUCUAAACAGUGAGAGUAUCCGCGCUGGAGCUGGUGAGUGCUUAUACACGUAGUUUAUUUCAACAUUACGGCUGAACAUUUACAUUUGUUUCAUAACCUUGUGUGCCAUUAAAUGUUUCAAUUGAAAUGGCACGAGGGAGCUACUUGGCAAUGUUGCAAAAUUUCUUUGGUUCAUCCUGCUCAAAAAAUCAAUCUUCAUUUUUAACUCUAUUUAUAUUAGGAGGAACCGAGAAUUGCCUAUUAGGCCCUUUUCAAUUUAUACCCUACGACCAGAAGGAAACAGCCACAAAAUUCAGUGACAUUGAUAAUCAAAAGCUAUUGAUGAAGAGUUGUACCUUGACGGAAGCCUUUGGCAAAGUUUCCAGACAACGCCAGAGAAAUGAAGCUGCAAUGGUUGGAUCAAUCUUACGUUGAUUUGAACGUCUCAAACAAUGACAUGUAUUUCAAAGUAAGUAAGUAAAUUGUUCAUGUUUCUCUGUAGCUAUGUGUAAAAUUAUAAUUUGUUUUUUUCUUUUCUAGUGGAAGAAAUCAGUUCCAAAUUUGCAAGGGAGGAUAAUUACUUUCAAUCUCAACUGCGAGGUAAAAAUCCAGGGGUAGAGGCUUACCAAUCUCGCCAAACAAAAUGCAUACAAGCAAAGGUUCUUGGAACAUGGUCUACAGGUAACUGAUAUAGAAAAGUUAGAUUUCGAGUUAUCAGUAACAUCCAAAUUAUACAAGCUUUGCAUAUAAUUACAUGCAGGUUCCGUUGCCUGCUAAGUUGCAUUGGUGCUUACAUGACAGGUAUUAUCCAACGUACGUAUUGUCUUUUCUAUUUAAUUAUACGUAUACAUAACUACAUAAAUGCUUCACUUUUGUCUAGACGCUGUUUCUGAGCCAGCAAAGUUCUCUGUAUCAACUGAGUCAACAGCAACCUCCAGCCAACCACCUACAUCUACACACAUGACAACAUCAAAAACAACUUUGUCUGUAAUAACAAAGGUCUCUGUAUCAACCGAAUCAACCCCAACCUCCAGCCAACCUAAAUCAUCACAUAUAACAACAGGAACAUCUUCGUCUGUAACAGUGACAACAGCAGAACCAAGUAUGUUAUAUAAAAUCUUUUCUAUUUUUAUUAUACAGCAAUGAUGUCCUCUUUAUUUGUACUUCUACCUUUUUCUACCAGGACUACUUUUAAUACCAUAGACUGGGGGGAUGGGACUUGGCCCUCCAUUCCCUGUUUUGGCCCCUCCAGUGAACGAUGUCCCCCCCCUCCCAGUGAAGAUCCCUUGUGUCUAAAAUAUAAGCAAAAAAGGGAAGAAUAACUUAGUUAAGAAGAGUAUUUUAGUAUUCCCAUGACCAAAUCUUUGUCUAGCGGAUAAAAUAUAUAAAUAAUUGUGUCUUAAAAUGCCGAAAAUGAAGCCCCAGACAAUUAAAAAUACAGGGCCAGACAAAGUUCCCACUCUUCCCAUUCACCACCUCCUAGUUGGAUCUUUUUCUCUUGAUGGCCCCUCCACUGACAAAUUUUUAAAAGAGGCCCUGCAUGUUUUCUCCGGACCACUGCUUGCGACUAGAAGGGUUAAGCGCAUGGGCGUACCGGAAGGAAAAAAUUAGGGGGCGGAAACAAAUUUGCCCGACUUUUCGGGAUUUUGCCCGACUAGUACCGAAAAAAUUUUUCCCGGAAAAAUUGUUUCGGCGACCUCCCCCCCCCCCUUCGCCAAAAAAAUUUCGGUCAGUGUACCAUUUUAGGGCUCAAAAAUUUUUUCCGGACAUACCAAAAUUUUUCGACAAUACAAAAUUGACCAAAAAAAUUGACUGAAUUUCCGACAAAAUUGAGAGAAUUUGUCCCAUUUAUUUUUAUUAGUAACAAAAGUUGCCCGACUGUUGCUCGAAUAUUGCCCGACUGCCCAAAAAACUGGGGGGCCUACCCCCCCCCCCCGCCCGGUACGCCUAUGGUUAAGCGGUUAGGAUAUUGUAAAUAUACGGUAUCAUGAGCUGUCGUAUUAUAUAUAACCUGUGAUUCGUCUUCGGUUAUCAUUGCUUUGUGUUUUCUUCUUCGUAUUUUCUCCUUUAUAUAGCAACAACUCAGCCAACAGACGUCUCUAAACCAACAGAGGCAACAUUAACCUCCAGCGAACCUAAAUCUUCACAAAUAAAAACAAAAUCAACUUCACU